AUGGCGCUGGGCAGCCGGCCAAGGCCAGCCCGCAAGGAGGGAGUUUUGGGUGAGGAUUGUCAGGCAUAUAUUGAUCAUCAUGGCAAGGCACAACCUGCAAAAUCCUGUUCUUCCUUCUGUUGUGGAAAUUGCAUGCUUCGAUACUGUUGCUCUUAUGUGUUCUUAAAAUUUGAAGAAGAACGACAAUUUCAGUGUGAUCUGCUUCAUGGAAGGGCCUCUGACUCAAGCAACGUAAAUUAUAUGCAGUUUUUUUCGGACUCUGAUGAUUACAGGACCUCUGACUUGAGCAAUGUGAAUAACAUGCAGGUUUUUUCAGACCCUGAUGAUUACAUUUCUUCUGCCCCCAGUUUUGGAACCCUUGUUGCGAUUGGAGUUACGGUUUGUGCAGUGAUUGUGAUUACUAUUAUUCUGUGCCUCACCUGUUCGUGUUGCUGUUUGUAUAAAGCAUGUCGAAGACCACGGCCUGUUGUGACCACCACUACUUCCACUACAGUGGUUCACUCUCCCUAUCCCCAACAACAAGGAGUGCCACCCAACUACCCAGUAGCCCCAUAUCAAGGAUAUCAGCCUGUGGCUAUCCAGCCACAACCGGGAAUGCCGGUAGCACCGUACCCUGUACAGUAUCCUCCCCCUUACCCCAUGCAGCCGUCAGGACCCCCAGCUUAUCAUGAAACGGUGGCAGCUGGUGCUGGAGCACCUUACCCAGUCAGCCAGCCCCCUUACAACCCUGCUUAUGUGGAUCCUCAGAAGCCCACCUAUUGA